UAAAGAAAAACCCUUGAAUAAGUAGCUGUGUCCAAAUGUUUGUACAAUCUAUUUUAUUCAGCUGCCACCACAAGGGAAGUAUCUAGCUACAAAUGCAGCCAUCACAUCUUAUCCUGAAAAAGGAAGGGUCGACCUGCCUCUGAAAUCGCCGGGCAAUGACAGAUUAAUGGGCUAAUAGUUAGACUUUAGCCUGUUUUAAUGAUCUACUUUAGCGCAGUAUAAGUUAUCUUAAUUGAAGUUAAGUGAAAGCAAUUGAGAAUAUGUUUAAAAUCCACUGUGGCUGCAGAAGGCUUCAAUACAUGAACGAUUAACAAUGGCCAUCAUCAUAAAUCCUGGCACCAUUAUUAUCCUUGUUGAAAGAAUAAUACACAGGAAAGGAAUUCGUCAGAAAAUGACUGACAUGGACACUGGUGAAUGAUAAUACAGAGAAUAAAAGACGAUAGCCAAUUGGGUUUAAGAAGAACGGCGGGAUUUCCUGUACGUGACUCUUGCAGGCCCCACCCUUUGUGUUUCCCGCACCGUCAAUCAAAAUAGAAAAAAAUUGACUAGAAUCACCGUUUUCAGCUGCCUUCGAUUAAUGUAAUCAUGUUUGGCGUGUGAUAAUACCGAGAUUCUGCGAAUUUAAAUAAUUCACGCAAUGACUGCCCCAGAACAGCCAGUGAAACAAGAGGAAAUGGCUGCCUUGGACAGCUGUCAACGCGAAUUUCUGCAGCAAGACGGUAGCACAGGAGAUCAGGACACUCAGCCAUCACCGCUCGCUCUGCUGGCAGCUACCUGCAGCAAGAUCGGGUCGCCAUCGUCAGAGAGGGAUAACGGUGCUGCCGCUGUAGUGACUACAAACCUAACAUCCAUCCAGUUAACAGGGAACCCAGAUAGAUGGGAGGUUUUGACCCCCACAACCACAGUGAACGAGGAACCUGGCGCGGUCCAUAUCCAGACUCAACGAAUUAUGACAUCAAACGGACAGUAUGUUCUUCCUCUCCAGAACCUUCAGAGCCAACCGAUUUUUGUGACAUCAGGAAGUGACGCCUCCGCCAACGCAGUGCCUAACAUUCAGUACAUUCAGACAGCUGAUGGACAGCAACUAAGCUUCUCCACCUCCUGUGUGGAGGGGGGCACUCUGAGCCAAGAUGCCACAGGGCAGAUCCAGAUCUUGCCUGACGGAACUCAAACUAUAAGUGUGACAGGGGCUGGAGACAUCCUUACUAACAACCAAAACCUCAUAUCACAGACUGGUCAUGUCCAGCAGAUCCAGGGUGUUUCUAUCGGCAGCUCCACCUUUAACAACCAGGGACAGGUUGUCACUAAUGUGCCUAUGGGGUUGCCAGGGAACAUCACCUUUGUCCCCAUUAACAGUGUGGACUUGGACUCCCUGGGCCUCUCUGGUGCUCAGACUAUAGCAACAGGGGUCACUUCUGAUGGCCAGCUAAUCAUGACCAGUCAGCCUGUAGACAGUUCUGAGAGUUUGGAGAAGACAGCUGACCAGCUCUCGCAAACUCUAUCUGUAAAUGACUCGAAUGCUAACUCAGAAAUGUAUCUACCAACAUCCUCGGCCCAGCUGCCUGAGACCAUAGAUGAGUCGGGUGUUCUGACCCAAGCCACAGAGCAGACCGAUCCCUCUGGUCUCCAGGAGGGYUACGUUCAUCAGAACCAAGUUCAGAACAUCCAGGUCUCCACAGGCCAGUCCAUCAUCCAGCUGCAACAAAUGCCGGUCCAGACCAGCGAUGGUCAGGUGCUGCAGGCAGGAGGGGGGCAGAACGUGCAGCUCUUCAACCCAGGGACCUUCAUCAUCCAGGCCCAGACCGUCACUCCCUCAGGCCAGAUCCAGUGGCAGACCUUUCAGGUGCAGGGGGUCCAGAACCUGCAGAACAUCCAGCUGCCGACCAACCCAGCCCAGCAGAUCACCUUGGCCCCAUUGCAGGCCCUGUCUCUGGGCCAGGGAUUAGCGCAACAGAUCCCCAACCUGCAGACUGUGACAGUUAACUCUUUGGCCCAGACAGGCAUUCAUUUCCAACAGGCAGAGGAUACCAACAGCACUGGAGAUAUCCAGAUAAAGGAGGAGCCGGACUCAGAGAACUGGCAGCUGGGUAGUGACUCCACUCUGAACACCAGUGACCUGUCCCACCUGCGGGUCAGGCUAGUGGACGAGGAGGACCAGCUCGACGAGGGGGGCAAGAGGCUACGAAGGGUGGCCUGCACCUGCCCCAACUGCAAAGAGGCUGGGGGGAGAGGAUCCAACAUGGGCAAGAAGAAGCAGCACAUCUGUCACAUUCCGGGCUGUGGGAAGGUGUACGGGAAGACAUCCCACCUGCGAGCACACCUGCGYUGGCACUCAGGGGAGCGGCCCUUCGUCUGCAGCUGGAUGUACUGUGGGAAGAGGUUCACGCGCAGCGACGAACUGCAGAGACACAGGAGAACACACACAGGGGAGAAGAAGUUUGUUUGCCCGGAGUGUUCCAAGCGCUUUAUGCGGAGCGACCACCUGGCCAAGCACAUUAAAACUCACCUGAACAAGAAAGGAGUCAUGAACUCUGUGAGCAGCGCGGUGGUGGCCUCCAUGGAGUCUGCGGGUUCGUCAGACAGCAUCAUCACGGCUGGCGGCACUACCCUCAUCCUCACCAACAUCCAGCAGGGCUCCAGUAACGCCCAGGACAUUCUGGCCAAUGCUGAGAUCCCCCUGCAGCUAGUCACCGUAGCAGCCGGGGAAGUCUUGGAGAUGGCCGAGUCACAGUGAUACUCAUUAACUCUUCAUGAACUUCUUUAUCACUAAUGUUCCCUGCUUGUUUUUUUGUUUGUUUUUAUAUAUAUAUAUACAUACAUGAAUAUAUAUUAUAUUUUUAAGAAGAAUGAUAGCAUUAAAUGUGGUUCCAAUACAUACCCACUAAAAUGCCUUAUUUUGUAUCAUACUGUGGAGUUGAAAAGGUGGAACGGCGUGUGGUUUUUAAGAUACUAUCAAUUGCUUAAAGGUUUGAGUUAAAUGUGUAUAAAAAAUAUUGGUACAGAAAUGAAGUGAUUGGAUAUUAGGUCUGUCAGAUUCCUUUAAGCAAAACAGUUAACAUUGAGUGUGACUCCAGUUAUUUUCCUGAGGUAAGUUCUUGCUUACGUACAGAUGUGUCUUCAUGUAAAUGUUGUAAUGUAAUUUAACUUUUUUUUUGUUGUAUGCAGUUCUUACUUUUUUUUUGUACUUCUUKAUUUGUUAUUUKUGCUUGCCUAYRACUC